AUGACUAAUUUAGAAUUAACACGGAAGUCAAAACACUUUUACUGGUCUGGAAACGACUUUUCUCAAAGACUACAUUUUAUUUUCAAUUACUGACCAUUUUCUUUGUUCCGCGAAAGAAAUUUCAAAAUUCAAGUUUAAUUUGUUAGGUUCUUUUCAGCCAUGGCAUUUAAAUGUAUUUUUAUGGUAAUGAUAUUUCUGCUCUGCGAAUGUUCAUCAAAAGAGUAUAAUAUCUUCUGUCAAUAUGAUUUGGCGUCUUACUAUUUCAAAGACCACAGUCAGUUCUUUGACUGGAACAUAGACUCCAGACUCUGCACUCAUCUGGUUAUUGGUUCUGGUGUUGGUGUAGAUGAAGAGACGGGUGAAUUAAGGAUCACUGACAAGGAUCUCCUUCUGGGGAACGAUAUGCCUAGCCGCGUUAAACAUAUGAAGAGUGACAGCAUAAGGAAGGUGUUGGCCACAAUCGGCGGCUGGCAGGAGGAUUCUAAGCAUUUCUCCAAUAUGGUGGCUUCCCACAAAAAGCGCGACAACUUUUACAACUCCAUGUUAGAAUUUGUUCAUAAGUGGCGAUUCGAUGGCGUCCAGAUCGAUUGGCGCUAUCCCACUCAGGGCGGUGGACAGUCUGAGGAUCGGAAGAACUUUGUGCUUCUGCUGGAGGAGCUGAAAUUAAUCUUUCGGGAGCAUAAGCUUAUUCUUAUGGUGGCUGUACUGGGACGAACGAACAAGCGAAACCUGGAGAGCUAUGACAUCCCCGGGAUAGUAAAGAACUCUGAUUUUAUCCAUCUAAUGAUGCACGACGAACGAGAUCUGUACCGUCUGCGCUUGGCUUAUAAUGCGCCUCUCCGAGGGAGUGGAAAUGGCGUGGCCGACGCUAUUAAGUUAUGGAAAAGCCAAGGAAAGGCACCAGAGAAACUCAUCUUAGGUAUUCCCUUCUUUGUACGCUCCUACACAAUGGAUAAUAAUCAGACGGCGGUGGGAUCCUUAAGCAAAGGACCCGGCAAGCAGACAAAGUCAUCCCGCCGUCCCGGUUUCAUGACUUACAACGAGUGGUGUGUGCAGGAGUCAAGCUGGAGCAAAAAGUUCGACAAGGUGGCCAUGGUGCCCUAUGCUUCAAAGGGUGAUCAGUGGGUGAGCUACGAGAACCCGGGAAGCAUCUGGGCCAAAAUGCACAUGCUGCAGCAGCACAUGUUGGGCGGCGCCAUGGCUUGGACCGUGGACGUGGAUGACUUUCUAGGAACUUGUGGGGAGCGUCAUGGGUUACUUCGAGUGAUCUUUUCAGCUUUAGGUGACCAGAAUGCCCUAACAACAGAAACCCCUACCACUGAGCCACUCGGACUAUGCCCAUUUGAUGGUUUCUGGUCCAAUGAUUUUGAUUGCAGUCUGUAUCAUGAGUGUCGCAAUGGGGAAAGGUUUUACCACAAAUGCCCUGAAGGUCAGUACUUCGAUGAGAUCCAGAUCGACUGCCGACCUGCCGCUGAGGUCAACUGUCUGAUCUCACACUACGAAAACUGGCCGCUGGACAUCGAGAUCGUUGAGUAGAUCCCAAAAUUAAAGAUAUUUCGAGACUUUCUGUUGGACAAAUAAAGGUUAACACUUUACUGAACUGGA